CCUUUUUCUUCCAAAUCAUAAACCCCCACUCUCUCUCUACAGUAUACUCACACUCUUCGUGCUCUCCGCCCCUCUCCCCUCCAUUUCUCACUUCUUUCGAUAUCAGAUCUCUCCUCUGUCGACUCCAAUGGCUUCCCUCGCCCGAGCUUCUACUGCCCUUUCCACCUCCUUCAAGCCCGCUCUGGCACCCAGCAGCAGGAGCUCUGGUUUGAAAUCAGUUUCCUUUUCCAUUACUGGAAAGCGCUUUCCAUCCAUCAGUUCUCGACCUGGGCGCUUCCAAGUUUCUUGUGCGGCCAAACCGGAGACUAUCACCAAGGUGUGUGGCAUAGUGAAGAAGCAGCUGGCCUUAGCUGAAGACAUCGAUGUGUCUGCUGGCUCAAAAUUUACAGAACUUGGCGCCGAUUCUCUUGACACAGUUGAGAUUGUGAUGGGACUUGAGGAGGCGUUUGGCAUCACCGUGGAGGAAGAAAACGCCCAGACCAUCGCCACUGUUCAAGAUGCAGCUGACCUGAUCGAGGAUCUCGUUGCGAAGAAGAGUGCUUAAUGAAUUUUAGAGAGAACCAACACAAACCUGUGGACCCUUUUUUAGUUUCUUUGUUUGAGUUUUAUACUAUGAUUUUGGUACUUUUAUUAAUCUUUUGUUAUGGAUGUUUUAGUGCUCAUAAUUUGAAGGUUGAUCGUUAGUGGCGUUUCUAAUGUUCUGUAUUUGUUUACUUUUAUCUCGAUAAAAACAAUGAAAAAUUGUUUGAGUU